AUGAACUGGACGUUUAUGUCCUCGUUCAACCAACUCCAAUUGACGAAUUCAUGGAGAAAGUGUGCAGGUACGUACUGUGGACACAUUGAGAACGGCACUGAAUGCGGUUCUUGUCCGUGGGGUACGAGGGUGGACGUCAAUGACAACCGUGACAGCCUAUGCUCAGUGUGCACUAUCACACCAAGCCUUCACGGUUGGAUGUACUUGGGAUUCACAGUGAUGAUGCCUAUGUCUUUCUUAUUCAACUUUCCAUCGUCCCCAUUACAAUCGCCAGUAACACACUCCACUUGCCCAAAUAAUCCAGAGUCGUCUUCUGGCAAUCGUAACAUGUCCACUGCCAUUGUCCAUCCACCUCUUCUAUUACAGGACCAAUCUUCCUGCGGUAAUCCUGUUCGUACAUGCAAAUACCUUUCCUGGGGUCUGGUGUAUUUCGCUCUUCACUGUUUAUCCGCUUUUGUCAGUAUCCUGUUAUUCCCACCACUGGGAAGCCUAAACCUAUACAGCUGUGUGCCACAGAAGUUGGAGGAUUUUUACGCCCCAUUUCUGAUUGUCUAUGGGUGUCCAUCUGAAGUUGUAUUUCCUUAUCUCUCAUUACCUCUGGUCUACUUCGCCUUUUCUAUUUUUGGCUGCGUGCUCUUUUACGUGGCCAUUCUUCUGACGCCUUCAGGUUCUGUUGAUCUGUCCAAGUGGCUACGUGUAACUCACUUAUCCCUUUAUGCCUAUCCCGUACUAGGUCUGGUGGUCUUCAUUUUCGGAGGUGUUCUCUACUACUCCUACCCUUAUGUCAUUCUCAUCCUAGCUGUGAUCCACUCAGUUUAUCGUUUCCCGGCGAUAUUUGACUAUUGUGCUCCGACAACGAACGGAAGUGUGUUACCCGUUUGUCAUCCGUUGGUGGUUAUCCGAUCGUUGUUUUGUGUACCCGAACCGGCACUUGCACUAACACUUCUUGUAAGCUUAUUUUGUUUUGGGUAUUCACUAAUUAGUCUGGAUAUUUCCACAGUUUGGGUACUUGUUUUCACCUUCGUCCCAUUUCUAUUCUACUUGCUCACUUUGCCUUUCACUCAUCCAUUUGCGACGUCCGAUGGAGAGGAGCGCCUGCAGUUGGCGUUGAUGCGCCACAAUGGUACGGAUUCGUUUGUGGUCUCCGUACACCAUCGGAAACAGGAUAUCAGUCAAGAACGCGCAAUCCAACCGGAUUCGACCGACGGAUGAGGUACCGUACUCUUGGGAUUUUGACAUGCUGAUUCUCAUUCGUCAUUUGAUGAAGCAAAUCUUCCCGAUUGUGGAUGAUCAGCGUUUCGGGUUACCAACUUCAGUGUCCAAUGCCUUCGGAGACAAAUGUUUUGUCCACAGUUAACUUGUUGUCCUACCGAAAUACAUAUGUGAUAA